GCAGGUGGAGCAUCAGCACAUCUCUGCCCACUCUUUCUCCGUAACGUUUCUCUUUAAGAGGAGAGCCUCUCUGCAUCUGCUGAUCUGUCAGCAGGCGGUGCCGCCGCCCUCCCCGCGCACUGCCGCUGCUGCACCUCACGAGACCGACAGGCUCCCGGCGUACCGAGGAGCUCACUCUCUGCUGAUGCACCUGAGCCGGCGGGUCACACGGUGGAUACUCGAUCGAAAUGGAUAAUCGAUAACUGAAGCUACGAUGCGCCGGGCCCACCGUCCUCGUCAUCCCGGGCUAUGCAGGUGUAAAAGGUAGCCAGACAGAGCUGCUGGGAGGGACACACGGCCACGCUUUAUCUCCGGAUCACAUCAUUCAUGUUUUAUGUGCAGCCAUGACAUGUUCACGCGAUUUAGGAUGGAUUUGUGCAGGCACGCGCCCUCAGCUUUAGUUUCGUCGUGUUUGCCCUCUGUGGUGGUUUGGGUGGUUCGGCUGGUUUGGCGGGUGGAGGGAGCAGCAGUUUGAUCAAACGCCGGUGCUCAUCAUGUCCUCGGUGGGGAGAGAGAUGCGUCUGGGAGAGCUGCCCAUGGAGAGCUGGAUGUCUCACCUGCCAUGCGCCCUGUGGGACAUCCCACUGUACCACCUGGCCAUCCCAGGCAGCCACAAUGCAAUAACCUACUGUCUGGAUAUGAAUGACAGAUCCCCUGUUGACCUCACCCAGCCUGACAUGCUUCAAAAGCUGGACAAAUACAUGAAGCCUCUCAUUCGCCCCUUUGUGUACAAAUGGGCGAUAACGCAGGAGUACACUAUAAAGCAGCAGCUGGACUGUGGGGUCAGAUACUGUGACCUGAGAAUCGCACACAGGCCCAAUGACAGCUCCACCGAUCUGUACUUCUACCACGGAGUAUACACAACACUCACUGUGGAGACUGUUCUGAUGGAGAUAAGAGAGUGGCUGGAUGCUCAUCCCAAAGAGGUGCUCAUCCUGUCCUUCAGCCACUUCCUCGGACUGAGCCCGGAGCUCCACAUGCUGCUGCUUACGACCAUACGCAACACAUUCACCUCCAAACUCUGUCCAAAAACGGAGGUUUUAACUCUUCGAAACCUGUGGGCUUUAGGCCACAAUGUGAUUGUGUCCUAUGAACACAAUAUAACCAGCAGCCACAGUGACCUGUGGCCACACAUUCCUUACUGGUGGGCCAACAAAUGUAAAGCUGAGGCUCUAAUCGAGGAGUUUGAACACAGGAAACAGCAUGGCCGACCAGGGGGCUUCUUCGUCACAGGAAUUAAUCUGACGGAGGACUUGAAAUACAUCUGCACACAUCCGACAGAGUCCCUGAAGGACUUGGUGAUGUCCACGUAUCCGACGCUGCUGAGCUGGGUUAAAGAGCAGACUCCCGGCUCCAGAGUCGGCUCUCUCAACAUCAUCGCUGGGGACUUUAUCACAGAGAGCCACUUUGUACCGACUGUCGUCAGACUGAAUGAGAAACUACUGAAAUGGUCCUCGUGACUUUUCAUGUGACAUUUUGCAUUAUUCUACAAAAAAAAGUGAACCACAGCAUGAAAUGAGCUUGUUUUGUUAAGAGUGACAGAAAAAGUACUUGAAUUAUUAAUUUAAAUGCACUUAUUUGGAGGCAGUGAAAUGUAUAUUUCAGUCUUUAAGCUGCUCGAAAAACAGACUCUGUUUCUACCUGCACUUGUUUGUUUACAUUCAGUUCACUAUUUAUGCAAUGUACUGUAUCAGUUUCCACGAGUCAGCAAGCAGUUUUAUGUUAUGAUGACCAGAGCAAUAAUAUUACAACUAAUCUCACCUUGACGUAGGCAUUUUAGACGAGUAAGCACAAACAAUGUAUUCAAUUAGCACAUGUGGAUGUAACGUAGGUAACAAACUUUUAUAAUCAUGACAUGUGGGCAGCAAGUUUUGAGACGUAGUUAAAAUGUAUCACCUAAAACACAUGUAUUUAUCCAUAGAGAAUGUAGAGAAGACAUGAAACUUAUGCAAAAUGCAUGGAAAUCUUAUUUGCAUGAACCCAACCUUGACUGUUUUACUUAUAAUUGACUUGAGCCAAAAGGUUAUUAAACCUUGUUUUAAAAUAAUGCUGCACCGCUGUGCCUGUGGAGAUGAGCUUUUCCAAUAAAAAUGAGCAUUUUUAAACAA